CCUCAUAAACGCAGUGUUCGUCUCAGAAAUGGAUUACCGUUUCCUGUAGCUGUCUGGAAUAUUUCUAUGUCUUCCGACGCAAGACAAUAUUUUACGGUUCGUUUAUUUGAGAAAACAACAGUAAUUGGAGUAGAUGAAGAGCAACCAGUCUUUUUGUUGAAAUAUAACAAGCGAGUUCCGGAUACAUUUGGCCAAGCUGUUGUUUACGUACAUACGAAUAUUUCUACUUACCGAGUUAAUUUAUGGAAAUAUUCUGGCAAAGUCCAGGUUGAACUUUUUUCCGUGGACCAGGAGUCGUUCGACUUUGGUUUGCUGGAAAGAAAUGACACAAGAACAAUAAGAGUAUGCACUUUUCAAAGAAGCUUGUCUGCAUAA